AUCCAGAAGCCAAAUGUUCAAUAUGCAAAGAAGUACAUACAUGUUUAGGAAUAUGUGGCGACUGGAGCUGUCUAGGGAUACCAAACAAAACCCACCUUUAUCAACCAGAGGUUGGCUUACGCCAAUAUGCCAUCAAACAUAAAAUGGAUCCCGAGAAAUUUUCGGUUAUUACAGAGGCUGAGAAAAAAAGAGGAAUUAAAAGGAAUGAAGAUAUCAGAAAAUAUCAUAAAUUUUUAACAGAUCAGGAUAGGCUGAUUGGUGAAGAAUUAUUAUGUUGUGGUAUAAUAAAAAGUGGAUUGAGUACUGCAUGGCUAGAUGAUCUUAUGAAUGAAUGA